CAAGGGUUCUCGCCCCUGACACUCUGCCUCCGAGUAUGGCUCUAAUUCACCUGACAAACUGCGCCCUCCUAGAGCCACAGUCGUCGUUGAGCUGUUUCCCUUCCGCAGUUCGACUUUACCCUUAGAAUGCCUGCCACACUGCAGGAAGAACUCAGGUUCAAGGUGACGAUUGUCGUGCUGGCCUUAACCGACGACGAGGCCAGAAACACGAUAAUCGUCGGAAUCGAUUUCCGGACGACGUAUUCCGGUCUCGCAUUUACAUGGUUCAAGAAAAUCGAUCGCGUGGAAGUCAUCUCAAGCUGGGACCCAGAUCUGCAUUCCAGCUGCGACGAAGCGAAGGCUUCGACGGCCAUCUCGUUUGGCUCAAAGACAAAAUGGUUUAAGCUCGUGCUCGUCGCUGACAAGGACUUGCCGGCCGAUGUGCGAAAGUCGGCUAAGGUCAAGGGGCCACGCGCGUAUCUGAAAAAGCACAACAAGAUGAGGGUCGGAGUAGUUGCCGAGCUCCUGCGUCUCCUCUGGAACUACUGCACCCACCGCAUCGCCGAGACUGUCAGUCGUAACUUGAUCAACUGCUCCAAGUUCCAUGUCCGGAUGCGGGAUGCUGUUCGGCAGGCAGGUAUGCUCGCGGACUGCACUGCUGGCGAGACCACCCUGGCUUUCAUCUCCGAACCAGAGGCUGCUGCUCUGACUACGGGCUCGGAGAUGGAAGGACGACAGUUCCGUGUCGUCGACUGCGGCGGAGGCACCGCGAACCUCAUCAGCUAUGAAACUUACCCAUGGUGCAGGGCCCUUUGCGGCGCGGUUUUCGUCGAGACGUUUCUUCAAAUGGAGGCCGAGAAUCGCCACCGACAUUUGCACGGCGACUGGGAUCACGGUAUCAAGCAGACGUAUGAGGGCCAGUACAUGACAUGGACUCUCAACAUGCCCAUCGAAGUCAUGAACAUGGAAGAAGCGAUGAAGACAGGACGCUUUUUGCCGCCGAAAGUCACGUUUGCAGCUGGCGAUACUCGAAGCGCCUUUGACCCUACUAUCGAGCGGAUUUGCUCCAUGGUGGACCAGCAAGUGGCCGGGGUGCGAGUCAAGAAAAAUGAGCACCCGAAGUACGUGAUCAUGGUUGGAGGCUUUGGCCAUUGCCGAUAUCUCUUUGCCACUCUCAAAGAGCACUUAGGAGGCAGCAUCGAAGUCCUUCAGCCUCGUGCGCCAACCCCAAUUUGCCGUGGUGCGGUGAUGCACGCGGCGAACAUGCAAGGCCUUUCAUCCUUCUCGGUUGACGUGCAAGCGCGAGUCGCCCGCGUUAACUACGGCGUCAUGUGCUACGAAGAAUGGUGCCCGGAGAUCCGCGAUCCAAGAGACAAAGCCAAGAACCAGAUGAAGUGGCUUAUUGAGAUUGAAACCGUGAAAUAUUCGAUCGAGAGCCUGUACGCAGCCGAGAACGCCACCAAGAGAACGCCCCUCGCCAAAGAGAUGGGCGCCAGUGAUGUCGAAGAAUUGUGUAUCCUCAGUUGGUACGCGAAGGCCGACAUUUCCUCCUUGCCGACUUCUACCAACUGCUUGGGGAAGGUUUUUUGCAAGCUUGAGUAUCGGUUCGGAGAUGAUCUGUGCCGGGGGUCCACUGACUUUGCUGUGUAUCACAACGACAAGAGGCAGGGCUCCAAGAACGCCGCUGUGAAUAAUGCGACCAGGUCAAGCUUGAUUCUUCCACUGGAAUCCGCGAGUGGCUGA